CUCGAACCCAGAAUGCGUCGCGGCUCCGCGCAAUGCCAUUGGCUGAAUUUGAAAACAACGCGCGAACGUUAGCGGGCGUGCUCUUUGGACAGCGGUGGCGCUGCGCGCAGAAUGGAAACAAAUUCAGAAGAAGAUAAAAUUUUGAGACCAUCCUAUGUAGCUGGCAUAGAGCUUCCAGAAAGAACAGGACUGGUAAAUGUGGAAGACAUAAAAACAAAUCUCUCUGAUGAGUUUAGUUCAGUUUCUUCAAGCUCAGACAUGAGCCAGACGUCUAGUUUGGAGCCUAGGGGACACAUACAAGUUUGCCUGCGCAUUAAGCCCUUUACAGCACUGGAAAGAGCAAAUGGAUCACAGGGGUGUGUUUCACUUGAGGACUCAACAAGCGUUAUACUGAAACCCCCUAAGAGCUCCUGGAGUCGACCGACUGAGAAAACUGCAGGACAGGCGAUACAGAAAUUCACCUUUUCACGAGUGUUUGGACCUGAAGCAACUCAAGAAGAAUUCUUUGAAGGUACAGUGAAGCAGCCAGUGCUAGACUUCCUAGAAGGAUGUAAUCGCCUUGUUUUUACGUAUGGCAUUACAAAUGCUGGGAAAACCUACACAUUCCAAGGGACAGAAGAUGAUGUUGGUAUUUUGCCAAGGACGAUGGAUAUGUUGUUUAAAACUAUUGGAGGAAGGCUAUACACAAAAAUGGAUCUGAAACCUAUUCGGUGGCGAGAUUACAUAAAACUGACUAAAGACCAAGUGAGAGAAGAAACUGCUCUUAAAAAUUCAUUGCUUCGUCUGACAAAAGAGGUAGACCAUUGCAAUAGCCCUAAUGGCAAAGCACCGGCUGAUUCUAAGGGUGUAGGAAAUCUCUCAAAAGGAUCAGAACAAUCUAGCAGAUUAUUUCUAGAUAAUUUCUCAAAGUUCUCUGUUUGGGUUUCAUUUUUUGAGAUUUACAAUGAAUGUUUUUAUGAUUUACUGGCUCCUAUGUCAGAUGACAAGAAAAAGAAGACACUUCGCCUUGCUCCAGACAUCAAGGGAUAUUCUUACGUGAAAGGUCUGCAGUGGGUUCAGGUCUCUGAUUGUGAAGAAGCUUUUAGACUUUUUAAACUGGGACAGAAACACCGGAGUUUUGCAAGCACAAAGCUGAAUGCUUGCUCCAGCCGAAGCCACAGUAUAUUUACCAUCAAGUUACUAAAAAUUGAAGACCUUGAAAUGCCACGAGUGACACGAGUCAAUGAGUUAUCCCUGUGUGAUCUUGCUGGUUCAGAAAGGUAUACCAAGACGCGCAAUGAAGGUGAUAGGCUGAAAGAGAGUGGAAAUAUCAAUACGUCUCUCCUGACUCUAAGCAAGUGUAUUAGUGCACUCAGGAUCAGUCAGCAGUCAAAGGUGCAGCAGCACAUACCGUUUCGGGAGAGUAAGUUGACGCACUUUCUUCAGGGAUUCUUCAGUGGAAAAGGGAAGACACACAUGUUAGUAAACAUCAGCCAGUGUGCUUCAGCCUAUGAUGAAACGUUCAAUGUGCUGAGGUUCUCAGCUCUUGCACAAAAAGUUAUAGUAACGGAUGCAUCUGUUCCUCCUCGUGAUGAGUCAUUUGGCCAGAACUCAGCCAGUGGGUCAUCAAUGCCUCGUUGCUCUAAAAUGACGGUCCCAAGCAGAAGCGCUGGAUUUCUGUGGGACUGGACCCUAGAAGAUGUAGUGGAAGAUGAUGACUAUGAGAUGGAGCAAGAACAUAAUAAAUCAGGAGAAGAAACAGUGCUGAAAUACGAAGAAAAUAAAGUCCUGGUAGGGAAAGAAGAAUAUUCAGCACUGCUGAAUCUUGUGGAAGACUUGAAGAACAAACUUAUUGCUGAGAAGAAGGACAAGCUACUGCUGGAACUGAAAAUUCGUGAUGAAGUGGCCCAAGAAUUUACCCGAUAUUUUGCUCAGCAGGAAACAGAGUUCAAAGAAUGCCUUUCCCAGGAACGAGAACGGCUUGAAGAAAAUUCUGAAAAGCGCCUUGAAAUUUUCAAGGAACUUGUAAGUGGUUGUGCUGACAACCCAGGCGAAGAGAAACUAAAGAAUCUGCCUCGCAGCGAACAAGCUGAACCCCUGGGUGGAGAGCAUAGCGCAGUGCGUGACACCUGUGCUGAUCUUGAGGGCAUUCUUGAUUCUCUGCAGCGUGAUGUUAUGGAUAUUAAAAAGCAAGCUGUGGCAGCACAUAGUUACAUUGCAACCCUGGAGGAUCCACAGGAAGCUAUUGGUCGGCUUGAGGAGCAGCUGGAAAAAACUGGCUUUGAACUCAUGAAGACCAAGGAAGAGCUGACAGAGAAAAACACCAAACUACUUAAAACUGAGGAAGAGCUGAGACAGAAGAACAAAGACUUUGAAAUGCAGGUGAUUCAAUUGGAUGAGUCUGUUGAGCAACUGAAAGAAGCAACCGAGAGAAUGAAUGUGCAAAACGAAAGGAUUCAAGUGCUAACAGACAUCGUGGUGCAGAAAGAUGCCAUUAUUACAAAGCUACAAGACUUGAGAUCUCAUUUAGAAGAAAAAGUGAAGGACUAUGAAAAGACUAUAACUACUUUUAAAACAAAGCUGGCAAAUGAGAACUCUAAUAAAGCUAGUGAAAGCAGCCGAUUCAAGGGACGUGAGGAAAGUGAGUUGGAAGUGGGCAGAAAGCGCUGUUUUGAAGAUAAGCCUCCUGUGGAAGAGCCACCUCCAAAGAAAGUUGUUGUGAAGGAGAGAAAGAAAAAGAGCACUCUAGAGCAAAAGAGAAUUGAACACGUGACGCAGAAGUGCUCUGCGUACCAUAUGGAAGUACUAGCACUGAGGGAAAGAACUGAAACCUUGGAACGUCACUUAGCUGUGCUUGAAGAGCAUUGCAGGAGAGAAGAAAAUAAAAAAGAAGGUCUCAGUAAGCAGGUCACAAGCCUGCGUACUAAGCUCUCUUUUUCUGAAGAAACAGCUGCUGACCUCUGUGAACAACUUCGGCAGUGUCAAGCUGAGUAUCGGGAAGUUGCUUCUGAGCUGGAUGAACAGAGAUCUGUAAAUAUGGGGCUAGAAGAAAAAAAUGUUCAACUAAAUAACAUCAUAGAAGUUGCCAAACAAAACAUAAUUGAUAAAGUGUCACAAGUAAAAGCAGUGCAGACCAAAUUAGGUGACUUAUACAAACGUCACUUAGAGUCCUACGCUAUCGAUACUGACUUAGUCAAUGUAGAGGAUUCCUCAGGCUCUGAGGAAGAUGAACCAGAGAGAUCUCAAAUUAGUUCUGCAUGCCUUCAGUCACAGGCUUCUUCUAUGUCAGAUCUUGCACAGGACCGCUCCUUUUACCACGGUCUUGAAAGGAUUUGGGAAGCAUGCAAAAGUAUAAUUGAUGUUUCCUCACAAAAAAGUCAGCGGAUCGAAGCACUGCUUCAAGAUGUUGAAAGCCUAAGGAAGGGACUGAAAGAUGCUGAGAAUUGUAAUAAUCAACUUGAAAUGAAGCUAAGCGAGGUUACAAAUCUAGAUAGUCAGAAAGAAGAUCUUAUGCAUCAGUUACAAGAGCAAAUAGAAAAGAAAACCAGGGACUUUGAAAAAAAGGCUGCGGAAGAUCACAGAGUAAUUGCACAAUUUGAGGAGGAAGUUGCCAACUGUGAGGUAAAAAUAAGAGAGCUUGAAUGUCUCCUGGAAGCUUUCAGAGCAAAGGAAGGCAGCGUGACAAAACUCGAAGAGUUACUUAAGGAAAAGGAAUCCAUUAUUGUAAAUCUAGAAACAGUUAUGGCAGCUCUGCAGGAGAAGUCUGCUAAUGAAGACACAAAGGUUGAAGAGCUAAAUAAUGAAAAAGCAAAUCUGAUGGAAGAAGUUGUGCAGCUGAAAAACAGCUUGGAGCAGAUGAAACACUCUCUUUGGGAAAAGGAAAAGAGUGAAAAGGAGAAAAUGCAAACUAUAGAAUCGCUUAAAAAGGCUGUUGCUGAGAGCUCUGUCCUUGUGCGGAGUUUGAAAAAAGAUUUGCAGAGGAAAGAAGAAGAGUAUGCAGACUUAAAAGACAAACUUCCUGAUGCCAAGAAACAAAUUCUGCAAGUACAAAGCGAGGUGUCAUCAUUGCGUUCUUCGGAGAAAUCUCUGAGGAACAGAAUUGAUGAACUUGAAAAGAUUAAAAAACAGUUCAGUGAAGAGCUGGAUGUCAAAAGGCUUGCUAUCCAGCAACUUAGACAGGAGCUGUUGAAUAACAAGAAGUUGGAAGAAGUCACCAGACAAUAUGAGAAAAUACGUGAAGAUCUGUGUGCAAAAGAAAAAACAAUUGAAGUUAUGAAGAUGACAUUAGAAGAACAAGAAGAGACUCAGCUUGAACAAGAUCAAGCGCUUGAAGCUCAAUUAGAAGAGAAUGAAAGAUUAGCUUCAGAACUGGAGACGUGGAAACAUAGAUGCAGAGAACUGCAGAACCAGAGCAAUAUUGACCGGCAGCAAAAGGACAGGGAAAGGGAAGAGGCAAAUGUGAAUGAAAUCCAUACAGAAUUAAUAAAGCUGCAAAAAGAGCUGAAGGCAAAUGAGGCCAAGUAUCAAACUGAUAGAAAGAAGUGGCUGGAGGAAAAAGAAGGACUCCUGAAGCAGGUAAAAGAAGCUGAGAAUCUUCGCAACAGAGAAAUGAAGAAGUUUGCUGAGGACCGACAACGGCACGGAAAGCAACAAGCAGAAACUGCAAUACUUGUUGCCCAGCUGGAGGAAAAGGACAGCAAUCUUCAAAAGUGGCGUGAAGAGAGAGAUCAGUUAGUAGAAGCUUUGGAAGUGCAGCUCAAAACGUUGGCUGCUAAUGCCGUGCAAAGAGAGAGAGAAAUAGCAGAACUGAAACGAUCGGCCUUAAAGGAUUCAAGCAAGGAUAAUGAAACUGUGAUAGAAGAGUUAAGAAAAGAACUGGCUGACAAAGAUGACUUUAUAAAGGAAUUAAAACAACGCAUCAGCCACAAUAGCCCCCAGGCUUUGUCAGAAGUACCUUUACUUGAAGAAAGACAAGGUAGAAUGGAUCGUCCUGUAAAUGAAAAGGCUAUGAAAAAAGAAAGCAAAACUAAAAUCGGAGAUGAAGAAAGUAUUCCAGGAAGACGUGAAGCUAAAGGGAAUUAUUCAUCAACUCGACGUCCUAGCAGUGUCCCUUCAUUAAAUGAAUCUGAGGAGCAUUUGGAAACUGACCUCCACUCUUCUGAAGCAUCCACAGAAAAUGGAAAAACUAGUCGGUUCCCAAAACCAGAGGUGGAAAUCCAACUGUCACCUCUGCAACCUGAUAAGAUGGAGAUAAAGCAGCGCGACAGCAUGUUACCUGCAAGGAUGAAAAUGCCUAGGACAAGAAAGAAGAGAAAAAGUGAUGACAUGGAUGAGGAUUUUGUGAUAAGAGAGAACUCGAAAAACACAAAGUCUGCCAUGGCUUGUAAUUCAUCCUCUACAAGUGACGAGAAAAUGAAAUCCAGAAAAGAGUACUUCCUAAGAAAGCGAGUGUGUACUUACGGUAGAAGAUUGACUAGCAGGAGUGAUGGAACUCUACAAAAAGUUGGAGAUUUUCUUCAAAGUACUCCUUCUAUUAUUCACUCUAAAGCCAAGAAGCUGAUGGCAGCCGUAAGCUCCCCAAAAUCUCCUGAACCAGAAAGUCUUGGAAAGGAGGAGUUGAAGCCAAAAAGAUCCAAAAGGAAGCUGUAUUCAACUGACAUUUCCUGCCCUCUAGAUAUACCUGCUUCUUGGGUUUCUGUGGAACAGAACAAGAAGGAAAGCGACCAUGUAAUCAUCAAGUGAUGACUACGAUCCAAAAAUGCUAAAUAACCUUGAAGAAGCAUGUUUGUUCCACUUAGUCAGGACUUAGUUCUAUUAUAUUGUUAUUGUUAUACCUGGUUGUUAUUGAACGUUAACAGUUGCUUAGUUGUGCUCUUAGGUUUGUAUAUAGUAUAGUAUAUAUAGGUGUAUAGUGUCUUUCUGACGUUUCAAACUGACUCCUGAAGUUGAAAUAAAUACCAGUUUUCUUGAA